CUGCUUAGGUAUGCAGUUAUUGCGCAGAAGCGCACAAAGCCAAAGAAUGUGAAAAAAGGGCGGUCAAUCCACCCGCAGAACCAAAAUGCGCGGUGUGCGACGGGAAACACGAGUUGAAGCAACGCGUGUAAGAAACGGCAGGAGGAACAGAUGAAGAUUAAGAGAGCGUUGGCAAAUCGGCCUGGACGCCACAGAACGAGAGACAUGUGCACAAAGAAUCCGGAGGCGCAGGCAACAAGCCGGAACCUUCAAUUUAAUGUCGGAGAGCCUCCUCGUUUGGCACCCCAAACAAAACCGUCCCAGGAACUGUCGGGCCAGCCAACAAGCAAGAGGCAGAGAUCACAGACCUGGAAGGUGGUAGAAGGAACCUACCCAAAGAGACGGUCGGUUGCAACCACGAAGAGGAGCAACAAGACGGUAGCCCUUGGUUCCGCCGACCCCAAUAACCCGAGCGGGCAGUCAAUGGACUGGCUCCCACAGACCAGCGUCGGCAAAGACAUACCAAACGCAACCCAAGAGGAGCAAGAGGACAUAACACCAUCAGCCACCCAGUCAGACACGAUCAUUGUAUAUGACGAGUAAACGAACACUCUCGAUACUACAAUACAAUAUACAAAAGUCGAGGGCUGUGAUGGCCCCACUGCCUAGAGACCUGGCAGUCUUGGAACUGGAUAUCAUUGCUAUCCAGGAACCAUGGUGCAAUCCACACCAGAACACAAUCCACAACCCAGCAGCAGAUUACUUUCGCCUAGUGUAUAUGGACAGCCAAAACACCACGAACUGCUUCCUUGUCAACAAGAAGAUACC